UACACUUGUAAACAUGCACCUCUUCUCUGUGCUUCUUUUUAUAGGCAGUUUUUCAGUUUUAGGCGGAUUAUUAGCAUCACAAACAGAUAUCCAUAUGCUAACGAGGAGUCAUCCCGGUUUUAUAGAAGUUGUACUGUCGCCACAUCAGUCCGUUCUUACCAUUGAAAGUCAGAUAAUGGGUACCGGAUACAGAUCGGUAUUCGACAUGGACCAAAACCAGACCAGAUUAAUCAUCGAUACGGACGAACAUCCGGGUUUUUACAUUAUAAGUCUCAUCCAGAACGGGACAAUCCUGACCACCAGGUACAUCAAUGCAGUUUGUCAGAAACAAACACAGCUUGAUUUGAAUCAAACCUACGUCAUACAAUCACCCGAGUUUCCUCUGUCAUAUCACGCUGGCAUGCGAUGCUCGUGGAACAUAACAAAAUCCACUCAAAAUACAUGGUUCAAGAUGUCAGCUUUGGAGCUUGGGAACAACUGUUUGACGUCGUUUCAAAUGGACUUUAAGGAUAAACUCUGUUCCAAGACGAGGAAAAACAAGAGCUUAAUCGUAACAGACGACUCCGUAUUUUUGACAUUCUCUUCUCUUAGACCAGGGGAACCAUCUUCUUUACUUGUUGAAGUUAUUCCAGAAAUACCAUCCCCCACAAAUCUAACGGCCGUAUCCCAUGGUGACUCUGUGACCUUGACCUGGGACUGGAGUGGACCGGAGUAUGAUGACCUGCUUUGCGUGAUCGAAUACGUUAUGUAUCCUUCCGUUGUACCUAGUACAAUAAAAAGAAACUGUAGUGAUACGCCCUACACAUUAGAUACCAGCAUGCAUAGAGGACAACUGUACCAGAUUAGAAUUUUUUCCGAGACUCUCUUUUGGGAAAGUGAAAAAACGGACUACGUGAAUUUAGCGUCAGAGUGUCACCUUGAAGUUUUUAUUAGCAGUGGCAACGAGACGAAUAUUUUCUCAGACGGAUAUCCUAACCACCUUCAACCUUUCUCCAACUGUUCAUGGAAAAUAAACACAGAUUAUGAAAGCUAUCUCAAAGUGCAGAUUCACGACCUAAAUUUUUGUUAUAACCCAAUAGGCUGUCGAUCAACAUGUUUACAUAUUGAUGACAAAAACGUUUGUUCUAGUUCUCCAAAAAAGAAGGAAUAUCUACUUCAGAAUAACAGCACACUCAUUACUCUUAACACGACCAAUGAGAUAGGUGGGCGGGGCUUUAAUCUGUCAAUCAAAGCCGUGGAUUCACCACCACCUUUUGGAGAAACUUUUCAACUCCAUAGUGAGCAGGGGUUCAUAAACGUAUCAUGGCAACCGUAUUCAGGGUCAAAACGAUUGCUAAGAUACGUGAUCACUUACAGAACUGUACCGGAGGUUGCGUAUCACGUCAAGCCAAUUCACGUAAACACCACCCAUUACGUAAUCAACACGCGCUCUCACCUUGGUCAGCUGUUUGCUUUGAGACUAUCUUAUCUGACGGAGGGGGGCGAGGGGACACUAUCAGGUGUAAAGAUAAUCCGAGCAGUGUGUGGAUAUACUACAUUUUUACACCAUAAUCAAAGCCUAACUUUCUCAUCGCCUGAAGUGUCUGGAAACUACCUGUCCAACGUUUACUGCAAGUGGACCAUACUUAAUAAUCAAUCUCUGUGGUAUAAGAUCAAUUUUAUAAAAAUGGAUGUAGAAAACUCCAUAAUGUGUCAAAAGGAUUACGUGGAGUUUUCUGCAAACCAGAAGUACUGUGGAAACCGGACCGGAUCGUUUGUAAUCCGGAACAGCAAAGCAGUCAUUGCUUUCGUCACUGAUGACAGUAAUUCCGGCAUGGGUUUUUCUGGAACUAUAACAGCGUUAUACCCACCAUCUAGCAAACCAACAAAUCCAUCAAUAUCAAAAACGCAGUAUGGACUUCUAGUGAAAUGGACUGAACCAUUGGUAAAUCCAGGUCUUGUGAGAGGAUACAGAGUGAGGUAUAAACACGCUGAUAGGCCUUUGGUCCGUGUCAUUAUUGUAUCAGCCAAUGAAAAUGCGGCUUUUAUAAACACUCGGUCUUACCCGGGAUGUUUGUACGAAGUAUGGAUUUCUGCCAUUGGUGAGACUGUAGACAGCGAAGAAACCAAUCACAUAUAUUCUUAUUCAGAAUGUGGAAGUCGUCUAAGAGUUUCAAACACUUCAGAAUAUAUCAGUACGCCAUUCUACCCAGAAUUCCCGGAAGUGACGCAUCUGUGUUCAUGGAAUGUUUCCGCAGAUCAUGACUACACUGUGACAAUCAAGGAAGUGCAUAUAACUAAUUUCUCCACAAACUCAAGUGACCAGGACUAUUUAAUGGUGAACGAUAUAAAAUAUUUGUUAUCGAAUGUGACGCGAGGAAUGAAACGUUCGUUUUCUGGCAAGGAUACUUUAAGGAUCGUGAUGCGUGUAAGGAAAACGAGUGUUUUGACAGAAAUACGACCGAUACAUGGUCAUUUAGUAUCUACCAAUACCUACCCUGCAGGCCACGUGACAACUAGGUUGGUCACCAGCGGCACGAAUCCAGAUGCAGGUGCCCCCAGCUGACUAGUGAUGGGGAUUAUUACGUUGAAUCUCAUGAUGACGUCAUUGAAAAGUUAGGUGAUUCGCACUUUCUUCUAACAGAAGAUGGAGAAUCGGAUUGCAUUUUUCGAUGUAAUUCUACAUGUAUCUGCAAUACAACUGCAAUACGUUGUACAAGACGUGUAGAGAUACAAACUCAGAUGAACAUCAUUCAUGGUUUUUUUUACAUCUGUAACUGUCCAUACAAUGGCUGUCAUGCACUUUGCGUUAUUCAUGAUCAGCCAACUGACAUCAUCAUACAUGUACUGACAUAACAGAUUCUUUUACAUUGCUCAGUAUAUUACAUUGCUCAGUAUAUUAUAUUACAUUGCUCAGUAUAUUACAUUGCUCAGUAUAUUACAUUGCUCAGUAUAUUACAUUGAGUUUGUAUCCAUGUGACGGAAAAUUGAAUAAACCGAUAAAAGGAUAA